CUGAAUUAUACUCAGAUAAAUACUCUGAUGAAUACUCUAACAAAUACUCUAAUGAGUGCUCUGAUAAAUACCCUGAAGAAUGCUCUGAAAAAUAUUCUGAAGGAUGCCCUAAAGAAUACUCUAAAAAAUAUUUUGACAAAUGCCCUAACAAACAUACUG